GUGUGGGCCGUGUCUCGUUCCGUUCCGGGUUCGGCCAUCGCAAUUCGCAAAACUGCAAAAAUUCCCCACCUCCCGGCUCUUCAGUCGAGCGAGCUCGAACCUAGCACUCGGGCGGCCGCCGCACCGCUCCCCCCCCCCCCCCCCCCCCCCCCCACACACACACACACAUGGCGUCCCUCUUCAAGGACCCGAGCAAGCUGUCGGCGUACAGGGACCGGCGGUUCCCGGGGACGCAGGAGGAGUACGAGGCGGCGCUGCAGGCGUCGACGACGGUGUACAUCGGGAACAUGUCCUUCUACACCACGGAGGAGCAGGCCUACGAGCUCUUCUCCCGCGCCGGCGAGAUCAAGAAGAUCAUCAUGGGGCUCGACAAGAACUCCAAGACCCCCUGCGGCUUCUGCUUCGUACUGUACUACUCCAGGGAGGAUGCUGAAGAUGCUGUCAAAUAUAUUAGCGGAACAAUGCUUGAUGAUCGUCCAAUCCGUGUUGAUUUUGAUUGGGGCUUUGAAGAAGGCAGGCAGUGGGGCCGUGGACGGAGUGGCGGUCAAGUCAGAGAUGAGUACCGGACAGAUUAUGAUCCAGGAAGAGGUGGUUAUGGUAAGAUGGUUCAGAAGGAGCUAGAAGCACAAAGAGAAUUAGUUGACUAUGGUGGAUCUUUUCAACCAAAUGCUCCACCUCCAUACGAGAGAGGCGAACGCAAGAGAGGAUAUGGAGACUCGUACAGGAAUGACAGAGGAGAUUACCAACGGAAACGCUACCGGAAUGAUGAUCGGCCUGCGGCUGAGGGGUCCAGGAGAGCGCCUGACUCAGAUCAAGCGGAGAAGAAUCCUAGGUUCCGAGAGAAAGGCGACUCUGAUGAGGAAGACGACGACUAUGACAAGAGGCGCCGUCGCUGAACCUGUGGAACAAUUGUUGCUUGCAUGCAGUUGUUCUGAUGCCCAGUUACUGCAGAAGAAUUGACAAAAUGCACCAGUAUCUGUUUCACCUUGCUGUACAACAGACUAUGACUUCUUGUUGGGCCGAUCCUCCGUCUCAUGCCCUUACCAUGUGGUAAUCAGCAUUUGCAUAGGUUUUCCAUGGGAUGAUACUGAUUCAAGUACGAGAUUCUGUGCUAACCGUUGAAACCAAAAGAAGUUAGCACUAAUUUUCUACUGAACCCUUGAA